AUAAACCGUUAUGAAAAAUCAAAUUAAAUUUUAAAUACCUACUAGGGUUUUUCAUUUUCACUCAUUCGCGGUUUUUAUCAUUCUUCGAAUUCAUUCUUCUCUCCAAUCGAAACCAAACCAUGUCGCUCCGCCCAAAUGCCAGAACCGACAUCCGCCGCAACCGCUACAAGAUCGCCGUCGACGCCGAAGAGGGCCGCCGUAGGAGAGAGGACAACCUCGUCGAGAUACGCAAAACCAAGCGCGAGGAGAGCUUGCAGAAGAAGCGCCGUGAGGGCCUUCAAGAUCACCAACAGCUCUCCACUCCUCUUCUCGACAGCAAGCUAGAGAGUAUUCCUUCCAUGGUUAAUGGUGUCUGCUCGGUUGAUAAUAAUCUGCAGCUGGAAGCCACCGCGCAGUUCCGCAAGCUUCUUUCAAUGGAACGGAACCCUCCGAUUGAGGAAGUUAUUCAAUCUGGUGUUGUACCGCGCUUUGUUGAGUUUCUUGUUAGGGAGGAUUUCCCUCAACUUCAGUUUGAGGCUGCGUGGGCUCUCACUAAUAUAGCAUCGGGAACUUCUGAGCAUACUAAGGUGGUGAUUGAUCAUGGAGCUGUUCCUAUCUUUGUGAAGCUACUUAAUUCACCUAAUGGUGAUGUUCGGGAGCAGGCAGUGUGGGCUUUGGGGAAUAUUGCUGGUGACUCCCCAAUGUGUCGUGAUCUAGUGCUUAGCCACGGUGCCCUCGUCGCACUGUUGUCCCAGUUUAAUGAGCAUGCGAAACUUUCAAUGCUGAGAAAUGCCACAUGGACAUUGUCAAACUUUUGUAGGGGAAAACCUCAGCCUGCAUUUGAGCUGGUGAGUCCCGCACUUCCAGCCCUUGCGCGUUUAAUUUUUUCUAAUGACGAUGAAGUUUUGACGGAUGCCUGCUGGGCAUUAUCAUAUCUCUCUGAUGGCGCAAAUGAUAAAAUCCAAGCUGUAAUUGAGUCAGGUGCAUGUGAGCGACUGGUGCAGCUUCUUCUGCAUCCAACUCCUUCAGUGGUGAUUCCGGCCCUUCGUACUGCUGGAAAUAUUGUGACUGGAGAUGAUAUGCAGACUCAGUGUAUUAUCAAUCAUGGUGCACUCCCUUCCCUUUUGAGCCUGUUGACACAUAAUCAUAAAAAAAGCAUCAAGAAAGAAGCUUGUUGGACUAUAUCAAACAUUACUGCUGGAAAUAAGGAACAAAUACAGGCUGUUAUUGAAGCUGGUCUCAUUGCUCCACUUGUCAAUCUUCUCCAAAAUGCUGAGUUUGAAGUUAAAAAAGAAGCUGCUUGGGCAAUCUCAAAUGCUACGUCUGGUGGAACAAAUGAGCAGAUUAAGUACAUGGCGGAUCAGGGUUGCAUAAAACCUCUUUGUGAUCUGCUUGUCUGUCCUGAUCCAAGAAUAGUGACUGUCUGUUUGGAGGGCUUAGAGAACAUUCUGAAAGUUGGAGAAGCUGAGAGGAACUUGGGUAACUCUGAAGAUGUCAACUUGUAUGCUCAGAUGAUUGAGGAUGCUGACGGAUUGGAGAAGAUAGAUAACCUGCAAAAUCAUGACAACAACGAAAUAUAUGAGAAGGUUGUUAAAAUUCUUGAAACAUACUGGUCAGAAGAUGUAGAUGAGACACUACCUUCAAGUGAUGGUGCCCCACCGGAAUUCAAUUUUGGAAGUAACAAUCCUUCAGUACCAUCUGGAGGAUUCAACUUCAUCUGAAGACCUUUUUCUUGAGAAGGGCCUAGUUGGAUGGAGCAGGGUUUUGUGCUGGGUGGCUGUUUGGGAUCAAGUCAGGAGGGUCAGUCGUUGCACCUUGUGUCUGUUUACAGUAUGGUCUAGUGUCCUUUGUGGUUAAAUGAGGUGCUGGGGAGGGUUGGUUUACUCGUACAUGUCGGAAUUAGAAUGAGCUGGUUGUUCAGCAGCAGCAUAAUGGUGCUGUGAUUUGGGUGAGUAUUGCUCCCAAAACAAAUUUUAUAAGAAGCUUUGUGUUCAGUUCUUAUUGCAACGCCCAAAUCUCACAAGUAUACUUGAGUAA